AUGUUCAAUGACAAUCGAAAAUCAGAUUGUAUAAAACGUCAAUCUCGUCGCCGUGCUUUAUUAUGUUAUUCAACAUUAUGUUUAUUUUCAUUUUUAAUAUUAUUUUUAUUGUUAAGUCAAGUAUUUCAUCAUCGAUAUAUUCAUAUUGAAAAUAAUUCAAAUAAAUCGAUAUCAUUAAAUCUAAUGAAAUUUCGUUCAUCAUUAAUUAAAUGUGGUCAAUCUGUUGUUAAAAAAGAUAAUAUUUAUCAAAUAAUUGAACACUUAACUGAAAUAAUGAAAAAUCUUGCUAUUAAAAAAAAAGAAUAA